AUGAACCCAGCAGAUCUUCCUAGCAGGGGUUGUUUUCCUGAAGAACUUCUUGACUCCAAAUGGUGGGAGGGGCCGAGAUGGUUGUACGGGCCGCGUUCUGAAUGGCCUAACUGCGAUGUCACUCCUGAUAAAAAUAAAGUUCAAAUGGAAAGGAGAAAAACGCCUUUGAUUUCAGCUUUAUCCCAAGAACCAGGUGUGCUUUGCUGCGAAAGAUUAGCCCGGUACUUUUCUUCUUAUCACCGGAUCGUUCGAAUGGUUGCAUGGAUGAUAAGGUUUCUGUGGAACAAAUAUUCAAAGAAGGAAAAGCGCUCUGGAGAGCUGUCUUUGUCGGAAAUCGCAAGAGCUGAAAAGGUGGUUCUGAAAUCGAUACAGGAUGAAGCUUUUGAAGGACUAGGUGAUAAACAGCUCAAAAAUUUGAAGCCACACAAAGAUAAAGUCGGACUGAUGCGUUUGAGAACCCGAAUUUGGGCGAGAAAAGACCCUGAAGACUUCCGUGCACCUUAUAUUCUUCCUUUCCAGCAUGUCAUUGUUGACAGAUUGAUCCACGACUUGCACACGCAGAAUGGACACAUUGGAGGGCAAAGUCUUCUGAACCUUCUAAGAGAAAGAUUCUGGAUCGUUAGAGGGAGGCAAGCUGUGAGAAGAAUUGUGUCUGCGUGUGUGAUAUGCAGGCGUUAUAGGGCCAAGGCAUUGGAAGUCGAGUCUCCACCGCUCCCGGAGAAUCGGGUAAGGGACGCUCGUGUGUUCGAAAUCAGUGGCACAGAUUUUGCUGGUCCACUCUACCUUAAAAAUAGACACAAAGUUUGGGUGUGCAUAUUCACCUGUGCUGUUUAUCGUGUCACACAUUUGGAAUUGGUUACUGCCAUGUCAACGGAAGCCUUCAUCAUGGCGUUUCGACGUUUCAUUGCACGUUGGGGCAGACCUUCCUUCAUGUACAGUGACAAUGGUACAAACUAUAAGGGGUUCAAAAAUGCUCUCGAUGGAAUUGAUUGGCAGAGAGUAGCGUCCCGCGGUUUGGUGAACCAAAUUGAAUGGCGCUUUAACCCACCCACAGCAACAUGGUGGGGCGGGUUCUGGGAACGCUUAAUAGGGAUUUUUAAAGUUCAUCUUCGCAAAAUUCUGGGACGGGCUUCACUCACUUUUGAAGAGUUGAACACCGUGAUCAGUGAGUGUACUGCUUAUAUCAAUUCUCGCCCCAUCACCUAUACAUCGGAUAACCCGAGUGAUCCGGUGCCUAUUACUCCUCAAAUGUUCAUUGGAGAUAUUCAAGAAAUGGGUGUCCCUGACUUGGACGAAGUUGAUGCGAAGAGUUUACACAAAAGAGUUAGACGUCGCCAAGAGAUCAGAGACAACCUAAAGCAGCGUUUCCGGUCUGAAUACUUGGGCCAGAUGUUCAUGACUGUGAGCAAUUUGAAGAAUCCGAGAGAGCCCAAGGUGGGAGAAAUAGUCCUCAUUGGCGCUGACAAUCAGAAGCGAAUGCAUUGGCCGAUGGCAGUGGUUGAAGAACUGAUUCUUGGUGUUGACGGUCGGUGCCGAGUUGUCAAGCUUCGAACGCAGGAUGGCCAGCUGACGCGUCCUGUCCAGCGAUUUUUUCCCUUGGAAAUUCCUCUCGAAGAAGAAAUGGAUCAAGGCCAACUUCUAGCUGAGGUCGAACCAGAAAGUGAUUCUGGUGGUUCAGCUACCGGCGGUUCUCUAGUUGAUUCACAAGUCAGGGUCGUCGCUUCACCACCCCAAAUCCAAGAAGCUCAACCUAUUAAUUCUGAAGACCCUUUGAUGAAGUUUCAUCAUGUGGAAACCAGAUGUGGAAGGAAGGUGAAAGUUCCAAGUCGUUUCUCCUAG